AUGGUCAAGAAGGCAGGAGUAUUAGGAGCCACGGGAUCCGUGGGCCAAAGAUUUAUCUUAUUGUUAUCAAAACACCCCGAAUUUGAAAUUCAUGCAUUGGGAGCUUCAUCAAGAUCAGCUGGUAAGGCAUACAAAGAUGCUGUUAGUUGGAAACAAACUGAUAUAUUACCAGAGUCCGCCCUGAACAUAGAUGUACAAACUUGUGAGCCAGAGGGUAACUUCAAAGAGUGUGACAUUGUGUUUUCAGGAUUGGAUUCAGAUGUUGCAGGUGAAGUAGAAAAAAAGUUUGUUGAAGCUGGUUUAGCAGUUGUAUCAAAUGCCAAAAACUUCAGAAGGGUGAAGGAUGUUCCAUUAGUUGUGCCAAUAGUGAACCCAGAACACUUGGACAUCAUAGAGAAUAAAGUCAAGAAGUCAAGGGCGGAAGGUAAAAAGACGGGUUAUCUCAUUUGUAUUUCUAACUGCUCUACUGCUGGUUUGGUCGCUCCAUUGAAGCCCUUGGUUGAAAAAUUUGGUCCAAUUGAUGCAUUGACAGCCACUACAUUACAAGCGAUUUCUGGUGCUGGAUUCUCACCCGGUGUAUCAGGAAUGGAUAUCUUGGAUAACAUUGUCCCUUAUAUCAGUGGAGAAGAAGACAAGUUGGAAUGGGAAACCAAAAAGAUUCUUGGGUUGCUUAAUAAAGAGGGAACCGAAGUGGUUAAUAUACCAGACGAAAAAAUGAAGGUCAGCGCUCAAUGUAAUCGAGUACCAGUCAUUGACGGACACACUGAAUGUAUAUCAUUUAGAUUUGCCAAUAGGCCUGCUCCAUCAGUCGAAGAAGUUAAAAAGGCAUUGAGAGAGUAUCAAUGUGAUGCUCUAAAGUUGGGCUGCCACUCAGCACCCAAACAAACUAUACAUGUUUUGGAACAAGAGGACAGACCACAACCAAGAUUGGAUAGGGAGAGAGACAAUGGUUACGGUGUUUCUGUUGGUAGAGUUAGGGAAGAUCCAUUGUUGGAUUUUAAGAUGGUUGUCUUGUCGCAUAAUACUGUCAUUGGAGCUGCCGGUUCUGGUAUAUUGAUUGCCGAGAUUUUGAAUGCAAGGGGAUUAAUUUAG